CCAUGUUGUAUUCUACCUGUCGGCACGCCCUCUCGGUGCGGCAUACAAAACAAGCAAUACGCCGCAAAUUUUAAAUUCAUCCUCAUUUAUUAUAACGGGAUAAUCGGAUGGGAAGUUUUCAAGACAUUUAAAGUCUGCGUCCCGGGAGAAGACUGAAGAUAUUUAAGGUGUGGGGCUACCAAGUUCCUGUUACCUUAUCGGCUCUGCCGAAGUGUCAGCAUGGGGAAAUUAUUAUCAAAAAUAUUUGGUAACAGGGAAAUGAGAAUUUUAAUGCUUGGUCUCGAUGCUGCAGGGAAAACAACUGUAUUGUAUAAACUGAAACUUGGACAAUCUGUGACAACAAUACCAACGGUGGGGUUCAAUGUAGAGACAGUAUCCUACAAGAAUGUCAAGUUCAAUGUUUGGGAUGUUGGUGGACAAGACAAAAUCCGUCCUCUGUGGCGGCAUUACUAUGCAGGUACCCAGGGCUUAAUAUUUGUUGUUGACUGUGCUGACCGUGAUCGAAUUGAUGAGGCCAGACAAGAACUCCACAGAAUCAUAAAUGACAGACUCAUGAAGGAGGCUAUUAUUUUGAUCUUCGCAAACAAACAAGAUCUACCAGAUGCCAUGAAACCUCAUGAAGUGCAGGAAAAACUGGGUCUGACAAGAAUCAGAGAUAGAAAUUGGCAUGUGCAGCCAUCAUGUGCAACAAGUGGUGAUGGUUUAUAUCAAGGGUUACAGUGGCUAAGUUCUAACCACCGAACAUAAUACAUACCCUACAUGAUGGAGGAUAUUUUCACAAGAACUGAAAUUAAUUUUGAAUUCUUUUAAAGUUGUUCCAUAUCUGAAACACAUAGAAUGGUUUUCUACACGAAAUGAACACAGGGAGGUUGUUGAUUUUAGACCAGUAGAAGCAGUCAACAUUGAAUACGUGGAGGAAGCUUGACAGUUGACUGCCAUACUGUUGUGUGUGUAUUACACUGUGUACUGCAGUUAUGCAGAGCAAAGACUGGUUUGUUAUUUUCUUCUGUAUUGGGACCGGUUUGAGGCAUACAAUAAUUAAAUGAAGAGCAAGAGGGUCUGGUAAACAUCAAUUUGUUAUUAUUAUUAUUAUUAUUAUUAUUAUUAUUAUUAUUAUUAUUAUUAUUAUUAUUAUUAUUAUUAUUAUUAACAGUGGUGCUGCUUAGGUAUUUGGUGAAGGUAAGGAGACCCAAGUAUGCUGUUCAAGUGAAUUAUUUAUUGUUCCUGACAUUGCUGAAAUUGCUUUUGGAAUCAAAGGUUAAAGUAAUGCUUUGUUUUUUAGAACCACAUUUGAAUACUAAUGAAGCCAUUGAGCUUUGCUGAUUCUUCUGAUUUAUUUUCCUUUGAAAUGUUUCAAUGUUGUAAUUAAAUAGGAAAGCUCUUUCUUAAGAAAAUAAAAUUUGAGAAGAACCCAAAGCGGUUCUUGAAUAAUUUCAAGAUACAAAGUGGACAAUUGUAAAAUUCUUGAGGGAAAUAAUUUUUUCCAUAGGAAAAUGUCUUUAAGUUAUUGUGUUGUCUAAUUAUGCCAUUCACAUGUUGUUAAUAUUCAUUGUUAAUCAUUCUUGACAUUCUGAGCCUUAAUGAGGUCACUAAAAUCAUAAUUUGAGGAAUUUUCUGGCAUUACUUUUCUUUUUGGUGGACUGUUCCAGGCAUUAACUCAUCAAAUCGAAGUGCAAUGGGAAACAGCACAACAGCAGUGGAAAAGUGAAAACCAAGGGAGGCCUGGCUCAGGCCAACCCAAACCUCCCUUGCUUUUUCAUAGUUCUGCUACUAUAACCUUAUUUUCUAUUUCACUCUGUUUUAUGAACUGAGUGCCUGGAAAAGGCAAAUUUUUUGGUAGUUUUUUUGUACAACACCAGCAGAGGAUAGCUGUAGAAGGCCAUAUAUUUCCAUUAUUUGUUAUUUGUUUUUCUUUGUGCCCUUAAAUGAAUUUGAUCUGUGCAAUGACAAAGGGAGACAAAUCAGGCAGCUCAGUCAAGUGAUUUUAGAUUCCCUUGAGCAUCAAAUAAAAAUGUCUUCUUAUGGGCCCAGUUACUCUAAUGUUGCAGUUGUGAAUGUGAUCAUGAAUUUUUUCUCCUUUAGAACAGGACAUAGUUACUGGGAGGAAAAGUUAAAGUUACAUCACAUUUUGGAAUUAUUAAUCAAACAAUAUUUCAUACAAAAUAAAAAAAAGAGUAUUUGAACCAA